GGGCACAGGAGGUUUGGCAGUGGCCAGUGUCUCCUGGAAAGACUGGCAGGUGGCAGAGGCAAGGGUGAGACCUGGAUAGGAGCAGAGUUGGCGCAUCUGAGGCAGAAUGUCAGGCAAAGAGGUCAAAGGCAUGGUGAAGGAUUCAAGGUCGCCGUCCACACUGGGGAUGGACCCCUUCUCAGACACACUGCAGCGACUGCGAGAGGCCUUCCGCUCAGGGCGGACGCGGCCUGCCGAGUUCCGGGCAGCGCAGCUCAAGGGUCUGGGACGCUUCCUGCAGGACCACAAGAAGCUUCUGCAGGAGGCGCUGGCACAGGACCUGCGCAAGUCAUUCUUUGAGUCGGACUUGUCCGAGCUCAUCGUAUGCCAGAACGAGGUCAAUCUGGCCCUCAAGAGUCUACACACCUGGACGAAGGACGAGCCGGUGGCCAAGAACCUGAUGACGCAGCUGGACUCCGCCUUCAUCCGGAAGGAGCCCUUCGGCCUGGCGCUCAUCAUCUCCCCCUGGAACUACCCCGUGAACCUGAGCUUGGUGCCCCUGGUGGGCGCCCUCGCUGCAGGCAACUGUGUGGUGCUGAAGCCAUCAGAAAUAAGCCAGGGCACAGAGAAGGUCCUGGCCGAGGUGCUGCCCCUGUACCUGGACCAGAGCUGCUUUGCUGUGGUGCUGGGCGGGCCUGAGGAGACGCAGCAGUUGCUGAAACACAAGUUUGACUACAUUUUCUUCACGGGGAGCCCUCGAGUUGGCAAGAUUAUCAUGGCCGCUGCCACCGAGCACCUGACACCCAUCACGCUGGAGCUGGGGGGCAAGAACCCCUGCUACGUGGACGACAACUGCGACCCCCAGACCGUGGCCAACCGCGUGGUCUUGUUCCGCUGCUACAACACGGGCCAGACCUGCGUGGCCCCCGAUUACGUGCUGUGCAGCCCUGAAAUGCAGGAGCGGCUGCUGCCUGCCAUGCAGAGUGCCAUCACCCGUUUCUAUGGCGACGACCCCAGGAGCUCCCCAAACCUGGGCCGCAUCAUCAAUGAGAAGCAUUUCCAGAGGCUGCAGGGCCUGCUGGGCUGUGGCCGCGUGGCCAUCGGAGGCCAGAGCGACGAGAGGGAUCGCUAUAUCGCCCCCACGGUGCUGGUGAAUGUGCAGCAGACGGAGCCGGUGAUGCAGGAGGAGAUCUUCGGGCCCAUCCUGCCCAUCCUGAGCGUGAGGAGCCUGGAUGAGGCCAUUGACUUCAUCAACUGUCGGGAGAAGCCCCUGGCCCUGUACGCCUUCUCCACCAGCAACCAGGUGGUCAAGCAGGUGCUGGCCCGGACCAGCAGCGGAAACUUCAGUGGGAAUGACGGCUUCAUGUUCAUGACGCUCAGUAGCCUGCCUUUCGGAGGAGUGGGUAACAGCGGGAUGGGAAAAUACCACGGCAAGUUCUCCUUUGACACCUUCUCCCAUCACCGCGCCUGCCUGCUGGCCCACUCAGGCCUGGAGAAGCUCAAGGAAAUCCGCUAUCCGCCCUAUACUACCAGGAGAAAGCAGCUGAUCACCUGGGCCUUGAGCUUCCAGAACUGCACCCUUCUGUGAGAGCUUUGCCUGCCUCCAGCAGUCCACCC